CCAUCCCGUCCUGUCCCAUCCCGUCCCGUCCGUGCCGUGCCGGCAGGAGAGCAGAGCGAUGCUGCACUGGGGAUACGACGAGCACAACGGGCCUGCCCACUGGAAGGAGGUUUUUCCUGUUGCUAAUGGAGACCGUCAGUCACCCAUCGACAUCAAAACUGAGGAAACCAAGUAUGAUCCCUCCCUCCGUCCUCUAAAUCCCAAUUACGAUCCAGCUUCUGCUAAAAUCAUCCUUAACAACGGGCACUCCACCAGUGUGGAGUUCGAUGACACCAUCAACAGAUCAGUGCUGACUGGGGGGCCACUCAGCGGGACCUACAGGCUGCGCCAGAUUCACUUUCACUGGGGCUCCAACGAUGAAGCCGGCUCUGAGCACACAGUGGAUGGGAUGAAGUAUGCGGCAGAGCUUCAUGUGGUCCACUGGAAUGCAGAGAAGUAUUCCAGCUUUGUUGAGGCAGCUCGUCAGUCCGAUGGAUUAGCAGUCAUGGCUGUAUUUCUGAAGAUCGGUGAAUGCAACCCUCAGCUGAAGAAGAUUACUGACCGCUUAGACACCAUUAGAAUCAAGGGUAAAAAAGCGCUAUUCACAAACUUUGAUCCUAGCUGUCUGCUUCCCAAGUCCCUGGACUACUGGACUUACUUUGGCUCUCUUACUGUUCCACCUCUUCUUGAGAGUGUCAUCUGGAUUGUUCUGAGAGAACCCAUAAGUGUUUGUUCUGAACAGCUGGCCAAAUUCCGCAGCCUCCUGAGCACUGCUGAGGACGAGGUCGCCUGCUGCUUGCUGAGAAACUACCGGCCUCCCCAGCCUCUAAGAGGACGAGAAGUCAGAAGGAAUUAAAGGAGUGAAGCCAGAGUAGUCUCCCUCUGAAACCAAAGGCUGAAUUAAUUCUAAUAGUUAAUAUACUUAGUGAUUUUUAAUUUUUUUUUCAUGAGUUGUUGUAACAAGUAGGUGUUUUUUUAUUACUGGUUAUCGUACAGUCAUUUCACACAGACAGGUAUGUCCUGAGCUGUUGCAGAUUCAUUGACAGGUUGACAGGUCUGACUGUGUUUGAGUGCAUUGGUUUGGGAGCACAGAGGUCACUGCUAGUCAUAUGGGUCAGAUGUGGUAAAGGAGUUGCCCAGAAUUUCCCACCAAAUUAUUGGACAGGAUGCCUGAUAUUAUUGGCAGUACUGGAUGUUUUGGGUUUAUUCUUCUGAUCUCUAACAUAACAUUUAGCUUCUAUCUAAGACUUCACAAUGUAAUUCUCAAGGAAAAACUAUUUCAAUGAUGUUAUCAUUUCACUUUCCUACAAAAAGCAGUAAUGACUAACAGCAUUUAAGUAAAACAGAUGUUUAUAUGAUCCUGUUAUGCUCGCUGCUUCAUAGCAGGAAUCAUGUACUGAUUGAUGUUUUUUUUAAAAAGCAAAUAGUAAGGAUUUUGUAUAUUGCCUGAUCAUGUCAGGUGAAUUAGAUAUUCCUGAAUUUCAUAAUGUGUAGUGAUGAAAUUGUCCUGAAACCUGAAAACUGCAAGGUAGAAGGGCAUAGAGGAAUUGUUUGGGUCUAAAUGCAGUCUGUUGCAUUUGGUGAACAAUAAGGGACUAACUAUAACACUAUAUCCAUGUAGCAUCAGACUUUUAUCACUUAAAAUCAGAAGGCAGGGGUGGCUGUUGCUCCAGACUCUUUCAUGCCAGGCAAAUAGGAUGCUACAGGGUGAUCCACAUGGUGCAUACCCCACACCAUGCAGUGGAGCACAGCACUACUCAGGUAUGUAGUGUCUCAAGGUACUGGCUGAUGUUCUGCUGUCAUGGUUGAACUUAUGGUGGUUGCACUCACAUUCCAAGACCAAAGAGAACAUUCAGAGCAAGCCAAAGAAAUUGGAAUCAAGUCAAUAUCUAAUAAAAGGCCCAGCCCUCAAUAGCAAUAUGUUGAAAUGUCCGUCUUUAUGAAUUGCCUGUGUUUCUCUCAGGAGCUUUUGUUAUCUGAAUAUAAUUGUUUGGUUUAUGUCAGAUUUAUUUUUAUUAUUUUUAAUAAACUUGACAUAGGAUGUAGCUUAGGAUAGAAUUAGGUUUACUCUCAUACUGUGAUAAUUACGUAGUUACCAGUGAUACCUGGAAGAGGCAGCUAGAGGUUUCAUGGGCAGCAACAACCAUCAAUCUCUGUAGUACUUCUGACCAACUCAUCUUCCAUUAAUUAAUUUUUUAUAAGUUUUAUAGGCUCUGCCUUUUAUCUCAGUGGGUCUUUUGAUCUUAGAUGGACAAACAUGAGGGAAAUCACAAUCAUGAUUAAAUUUAUAUGCUACUUUAAUAAAUUAGACAUAGAGAUAUAGAUAUUUUAGCUUAGUUUAAGACAGGUGGACUUUUUUGUUUUCUCCUCCCCAGAAUAUAGCUAUUAUAUGCUGCAAGGCCUGCCAUUGCCUUUUGAAUGUUUUCUGAAAGAGAGCACAAAUAGACCAUUAGAGAAAUAAAGCAUUUAGCAGCAGCAGGUACAAGCAUUAAACAAAGGGAAAAACCCAGAAGCACUUUUUGUUUUCUGGCAUAGGGAGAAGAAUGCAGCUAAAAAGACCUCAGGAUAGUUCAUUCUAAAGGGCAUGUCAGGCAAGUGUGCAUGGAGAACGCGAGAGUGUGUUGUAUGUUUUCACACCCCUUUUUAGACUUAGUGUUAGAUUUGAUAUGUUUCCCUACCAAGUGAGUAGCUUCAGAAGAGGAAGCAAUAAGGCUACUGUUUCAUAUCAUAAACAAAAGUUUUACAUGUUUCUUGCAUAUUGAAAACAGUGGA